AUGGACACUGACAAGGAAGCGAAUAAAAUUUUCAUUUUCGGCUUAUGUAUUCUUAUCGCAUGGAUGUUUAUUAUUAUUAUAUGCGCAAGUCCGAAGCUCUUCCGGAAUAUCGUUUCUCAAUUGUGCUUCUGCUCGAUUGCGAGAAGACGUGAAGGGAAGUCGCGGAUGCAUUGCGCCACCUGUUUACAUUUAGCGCACGUGAUUGCUAUUGAACCAUCCAAUAUUAUGCUUAAUCAAGCAUUUGGCAAUAAUUUCGACUUACUUACCAAAUCGAUCCAACAGGAAUCACAUAUGGCACCAAUAGUUGAACCCGAAGAUUCGGACUUAUGCUAA